AGGUCACUGUAAGUUCCUGCCCUCGAUUUUACCUUUUAGUUUUAUUAUAGCCUGACAUCACACACAGGGGUUGAGUUAUCAUCAUCUCCACUCGCCUCUUAGAGCUUCCACACCGACCAGCAGCCAAGCAAAUCACAGAUAUAUAGGAAGAAAUCGAAGGAAACUGAUGCUGGAGUAAGCACGGUUUUUUUAAAGGAGGAGUGAGAGCGGAGAGAGAGAGGUGGAGAGAGAGAAAGAGAGAGAGAGAGAGAGAGAGAGAGAGCGAGAGAGAGAGGAGGGAGGGAGGAGGAGGAGGAGGGCGAGCAACCAGAAAUUCGUCGCAAUUAAUAAUAAAAAAAGAGCUGGCAGUCGUGCUCGGAAAACUGGCAUGGGUUUUUGGAGGCUGGCAGUUCAAAGUUGAGACGUCAGAAAUGACUGCAGAAGAGAGCUGAGAUGAUCAUGAAGGGAGACUUAGAGCGGAUGGCAGAAGAGUUCGGGCAUCCAGGUGGUGGACUGAAGACGAUGCUGGAUGCCAUGGAAGUCCCAAGUCAUGCUAGGCACCUCCUCUUGCAACUGAACACGCAGCGCACCAAGGGCUUCUUGUGCGAUGUAAUCAUAGUGGUGCAGAAUGCUCUGUUUCGUGCUCAUAAGAACAUUUUGGCUGCCAGCAGUCUUUACCUUAAGUCCCUUGUUGUCCAUGACAACCUCAUCAACCUGGACCAUGAGAUGGUGAGUCCAGGCGUCUUCCGAGUCAUCCUCGACUAUAUCUACACAGGACGUUUAAGCGAAGGUGACCCCACCUCUCCCACAGAGCCCAACAUAGGGGCAGUGCUGGCAGCUGCCAGCUACUUGCAACUGCUGGACUUGGUGGCACUGUGCAAGAAAAAGCUGAAGAGAAAUGGGAAAUACCACUUACGACCCACACCUGGGUUUUUGCCUUACAGUAAAAUGGGUCCCAGCGGGAUGGUGGGGGGUCGGCUGCGGGUGUCCACCCCAGUGAUCCAGCCCUGCUUUUCGAGUGGGGUGAUGACUGCCCACGGACCACGAGGCCCACCGCUGGAGGAUCUACCGCCCCACCCCAUGGCCCACCAUGCAGGAGAGCUUUAUGCCCCAGGCUCUACCCAGGGCCCACAGCCCUACCCUCCCACACAAGCAGCUCUGCCCUCACAGCCAGGCCUACGAAUGCCCUCUGCUGAUAGGAACUGCUCACCAAUAUAUGGACUGGACCUAUCCAAGAAAAGCCCCUCCCAAUCCCAGCAGCAUUCUGCCCACCCUCAUCUGAGCCACCAUGAUGAGGAGCCUGAGGGGGAACUGAGCCACCGCACAAGCCCCAUGCUCAGCCCAAGCGAAGGUGCCGGGAAAAUGGAGGCUGUACACCGAGGAGGCUCUCUCACCCCACACUCCUUCCCCCUUCUCAAUCAGCCUCUUGCAUCUCACCUCCCACACCUGCAGCGUUCCAACUCCCAGGGCCAGGAGCCAUACCCGUGCCCACCCAGCCCGGAGCCCUCCGAGGAGCCAGGAGAGCGCAGCAGGGACGGCCCCAGCAUCUACCGCUGGGUGAAGAACGAACCAAUGCCCUACAGUGUGGAGGAUGAAGAUGAGGAUGAUGAUGAAGAAGAUAGUGGGGGAAUGGGGGAGCAGGAAAAAGAGGUGCACCAGCACAUGAACCACCACAAGAAUGGCGAGGAAAAGAUGAACCUGAGUGAGGGAGGCUAUGGUAGGGGAGUGACUUGCGAUGGAGAGGAUGAGAAUGGGACGGGUAGUGAAGAGACAGGCAGCAGUGAGGGCCGGCCAUCUCCCCCUGGAGCCCGCGGAAGGUAUCAUAUGCCCUAUGAGCCAGAGUCCUUUGGAGAUAACCUGUAUGUAUGUAUCCCCUGUGACAAGGGUUUUCCUAGCUCAGAGCAGCUUAAUGCCCAUGUUGAAACUCAUGCAGAAGAAGAGCUCAACCCUGCGGGAGAGCUGGACAGCAGCAAUAGCAACAGCACAGGCAAACCCGCCAUUGCCAAUGGUCCCGCAAGCUUGAACAGUACUGGCAGCCUCCACAGCCCUUUCUUGGAGAGCAAAUCAGGGCAAAACCUGCAUCCCAUGGGCAUUGGAGAAAUGAUCCGUCCAUAUCGUUGCUCCUCAUGCGACAAGUCCUACAAAGACCCGGCCACCCUGCGGCAGCACGAGAAGACCCACUGGCUGACACGCCCAUAUCCCUGCAGCAUCUGUGGCAAAAAGUUCACACAACGUGGCACCAUGACCCGCCAUAUGCGCAGUCACCUUGGCCUGAAGCCCUUUGCCUGUGAUGCUUGCGGAAUGCGCUUCACACGGCAGUACCGGCUCACCGAGCACAUGCGCAUCCACUCCGGCGAGAAACCCUACGAGUGCCAGGUAUGUGGUGGCAAGUUUGCCCAGCAGCGCAACCUCAUCAGCCACAUGAAGAUGCACAGCAGCGGUGGGGCUGGUGGGGGGCUUGCAGCCGAUGGCAAGCUGAAGAUGGACUUCACUGAGGGCAUCUACCCCCUGAGCAAGUAUGCAGCUGAGCACUUGGGCCUGAAGCAGGAGAAGGCUUCAGAGCUUCUGGCGCAGGCCUCCCAGCAUCUGUUGGCUGAUGCCAAGGCCAUGGAGAGCCUGUAUCCACUGUCCAAACUGACUGCCGAGCACCUGGGCCUCACCCAUGACAAGAUGGACGUCCUGCCACUCCACCCGUCCCCCAGCCUCUCCCCUGCAGAGUCCCGCACCAUUGACCGCUACUCCCCCAGCUAGGCAGAGGAGACUGCCGACCCUGCCUUCAAAUGCCACGGCUCAGCUGGCCCAGCUACGACACAUCACUGUAUGCUGCCCACAGUAUUUCAACUCUCACCUCAACUUCAUUUGAAUCUGCACCUCAGACACAGGAGGCCAGAGACAGUUGGCCGUGAAAAUGCACACAGACUGCAUUGACUUCUAAAAGUGCCUUUCUCUGCACAUUUUGCAGUACUUGCUUUUUUUAAAAAAUAUUUUCCUAAAAGGAGAACUGCGUUAUUUAUAAUCCGCUCCAAGCCAUGGACACACUCGUGUAACAGUGCAGUAUUUAUAAAAAAAAACAACUUCCUUUUUGUUCAGUCGCCGAGCCAAAGAAUCAAUCGAAAACCAAAAAGAGAUGGUUUUUAUUUAUUUUCUUUGUUUUUGUAUGUACGCAAAAGCCAAAGAAAAGAGGUUUCAAAAGAGAGUUGCAAUCAUACCCUAAACCUGUGUACUAAGUAUUACUAGUGUAUGUAGAAUGAGAAAAAAAGCACAUAUGAACAAUUUUCAGGGCUUCUGUCCAGGAUGGAGAAGGGAUUCUGGACUAGAGAAAAAGCCACAUCUUUGGGAUUUUAUAGUGAUUUGGAGGACUUUAAAUACUUUUUGGAAUACUGGAUAUCUCCUGUAUCUCAGUUUCCUGCUUUGCUGAGUGGCCCAGCUUUUCCAUACAAAAGGGAGCAACUAAGUGAAGACAGUGUUUGUUCCAGCACUUUGGUAAAGUGAUCUAAGCUUUUCUAUGCAUUGAUGCAGUGAUUCCCAUCAGUGUAGUGAUGGAUAUCCAGAGUGUCUUAUAUAGACUGAAUUAUUUUUGCAGUCAGCGGCCUUCGACUCUUUUGUAUUUUCCACUUCCCCCUCAACCCGACAUAUUACUUGAUAUCCAACCAAGUGUCUUGAAACUUGUUGUUCAGAAAGUAGCACAGCAUAGCCCUGUGAGCUCACAUCUGGGAUAUCAUUGCACAUACUCUGAUCAUGACACAGUAAUCCGUGUCCACGACUUUCUGUCCAUAUGGUGCGCUAGACUAAGCAUGGGUGUAGCCCAAAAAUCGGGUAAUAUUUACAAUGCAGCCCAAAAGUCUUCUCUGGGAAGACACAGUGAACGCAUUAGAGAGAAAGCAGCCAAUCUUCAAUAGCACUCACAACCAAACAAAUAGCAAGCGGAACAAAAGCGCCCUUUCUCCACAUCUAGUGUAUAUAAACUCUUUCCAAGUAGCCCACAUCAUUUGAUAAAUGAUUAAUCUACCAGCGUUCACAGUACGUAAGCUUCCAUAUUCGUAGAAAAACGUCACAGAGAGCUGUGUAGAUUCCACUGUGGUGCUGUACCAUCCUUGUUAAUGGCUAAAGAAGCGUCACUGCCCCAUGCCCGCGCACACAGAGUUGUUAAUGUGACAGCUAUGAGGAUUAGACGCGGGGCACUCUCUCUGACACUGAGAGCACAGAUAGGGCUCGGCACGCUCACUGCAGCUGCUCCACUCAGGAUAAGCUCUGUGAAAUCCCUAAUUCUCUCAGACUGUUCGCGCUGUCUGUCGGCCUGAUCCUAGAUUUCAUGGCUGCUGAACGGUUGCUGUGAUCUACAUGCUGCCAGGAUAAACCCCUCUCCACCUGCCCCAUAAGCUACAAACAGCACACACCCAAUUGUCCAAAGCCAUAUCAUGGGAUUCUGCUUUGCCACAUUAGUGAAAAUAAUGCCCUAAAAUAAUGUCAUUUUGUGAUUAUGUGGGCUGUAUAUUUUAAAUGGCACCCUUAAGCUUAUUUUUUUAUACUCCCCAGAACAUAAUGGCCUUUCUUUUUUCCUAUUUGCAUCGGAGGGGAGUUUGUUGACCACUAGUGACGAUUACAACCUCAGUAGGUGAAUGUGAAGACUUUAAGCCAUGAAUGCACUGUGAUAGGACUAAUGACCCUUCCAGCCUUAGUGAAUAUACUGAACAUGUUACAGAUUUUGGAGGCUUUUGCAGAACUCCAGAGGCUUUAUUCUGUAGCACAUUGUCAUAUCAAGGUGUUCUUUUUUUAUUAUUUUAUUUUGGUCACAUUUGACUUUUUUAACCAAAGCAAAGUGAGACUGGUGCUUACCUCAGGACCUGACCCAUCUUGGUAUGGGGACACGAAGCUUCAGCAAUAGGUUAGCACACACACACACGCACACACAAACACACUUGCACGCUCAUACAAACACAGGCAAUACACAAACACACACCUUCUGAAGGGAGAGUUGUCCUUUUUCGAACCUGUGGUUAUUUCAAGAAUAUGAAAAAUUAUGUUCAUGUUGUCAUUUUUUUAAAAUGGUUAUGUGAUUAUUAACAGUGUUUCUUUCUGAGUAGCUUAUUCAACUGUCUUCUGUUCAUAAAGUAAAGAAAUGACUGUGGUCAGGUUGUAAUAUGAGAAAUUUAUUUUACAUAGUUCAAUCGCCAUCCAAGGCAAACUGAGUAAUUAAACUGCUUUCUUGAUAAAAAUCACUAUUUCUAUAACAUCCCUCUCUGUACACCUGUAAGUACUCCAGUGAACCCAGCACAGCUUUGAACUGACACACGCACACACACACUCCCAAGCAAUGGCAGACGGCUACAUCGGUCCUCGAUGUUAAUGUUAUGCUGUAUAUAAAAUGCUAUGUGUUUAUCAAUAAUUCCCCUGCAAUGAUAAACACUGGGUUGAGUUGGUAAGGGAGAAGCAUAGUUUGGAAAGUUGAUUGACCCGUUUGUUCAGGGUGUGGCUGAAGGAGCUUCAGCUGAGGCCUUGGCAGAGGAGCACUGAGGCUUUGUAUACACUGACUAUUAAACCACACACAAGGAACCAGCUUGUUUGGGGCCGAGACAGAUGCUGCGAUUUCCCAACACUCUUUAAGUGGAUAGCAGAGAUCCAGAAAUUCCUCCCGACUUAAUUUCGCAAAACACACACAUGCGCACACAAAAACAGUCUGGGCACAUGGGUUUGUUUGUAUUCAGAAGAAACCCAGAGUGUAAACGGGAUACAAAUCUACAGCCUCGAGGCUCCGAACAAUAUUACCCCUAUCAUAACAGCGCAAGCGGCGACCGCAGACGUAUUAAUACACAUCGAGGAGAUGUGACAGUCUAUUUGAAGUGGAUUUCAGUGGUGGGAAUAUAAAUCUCACACUCCCCUUCUCCGCCAUUCAUUAAGUCACUCUGGUGGAGAACCUCGCUCUCUCUUGCUCUCUCUCUCUCUCUCUCUCUUGCUUUCCUGCCUCCCUAAGACAAAACAAGAUAGAAAGAGGGAGAGAGAGCGAGAGAGAGAAAAGAAGCAGCUAAAAAAAUUUUCCACUUCUGUUCCAGAUCUGUAGAGGAAAGAGUACGAGAGCUGUUUUGUAUGCAGAGCAGUGAUUUCUAAUGCACCUGAGAAUGUGCACAAAAGAAUGUGGCAUAUGUUCGUAUAUGGAGGGUCUCAUGCUUGUGUCUUUCUCUACAUUCUUAAAAAAUAAGGUUUCUAAAUUGAUCUUGACUUUUAUGUACAGUUCUUGGAAAAAGCUUCACAUUUUGUGGAGGUUCUUUAAAUCUUUACAUCUCAUUUAUAAAAAUGGAACUUCGAAGAACCAUCCACUGGAAAGUUCUUUGGAAAAUCAAAAGUAGUUCUUCUACAGCAGAGGUCUUUAAAUCUAGACCUUGAAUCCAAUUUCCGGUCCUGGAAUUUGUAAUAAUUCGUGGGUAUGACUCUACGCAUUCAAUUAGUUACAAUAGUUCACUUAACUACCAGUGAAUACAAAAUCCAGGACUGGAAACUGGGUUCAACUCUGUUCUGUGGCAUUGCUCCAAAGAACCCUUUCUGGUACCCUUUUUUAAGAGAGUAUGGGAGCUGUUUGAGUGUGUAAAGAGCGCAUGUGUUAACGUUGAGCUUGAGGGAAAGAGCGGACUUGAGCAGGGGAAGUGAAUUUUUGGCUCAGUAGUAGCAGUCCGCAGGAUGUGCGGUGUGGUUCUGCUCAAAGCCAGAUAGGCAGAUGAAGAUAGGGAGUGAGUGAAUGAGAGCGAGAGAGAGCUUAGCGGUGGGACUCCAACUGUUCUCCUGACUGUGGAAGAUUGGUCUUAAGACUCCUCUCCAUUCAGAAAAGGAAUGCAAUGCCUGGCCGCCUUAUGCUAGCCCGUCAUUACUGUUUUCUUCUUCUUUCGCUUCUUCUGCAUCUUCUUCAUGCCUUUUUCCUUUUUUGUGCUCGACAGAGACAAUGUUUGACAGUUUACAGAGAGUUGUUAACCCUCUGGUCACCCUUUGCGUCCUCGGAGUGGGCCAAGUGAAGAAAAGCAAAGCUUGAGAGAUGAAGUGAAAUAUGUGGAACAAUAUACUGUACUAACCAUACUUCAUGAACUGGUCCAAGGGAAAUAUUCCUCUCAGUCUGAGGAAGCUCCCUCAGUCAGAGCAGAAACCAAAGCUUACUGAAGCCAGCCUUAAAGUUUAUAUUGAUGGAAUCUACUCAGCGGAGAGUGUGUUCACAGAACAUAUAAACAGCCAAAUCAAAAGCGUAUUACUGCAUUACUGCUGGUGUUAAAGGACGGCCAUUGUGGUCCCACAAGUGGCUUGAUUUCAGUUGGUUAGGGCUUCAGUGGUACAGAUCUGAGGUGUCAGCUUGAGGAUGAAUGCUUGCAUGCUGUUAAGAUAGUUUUAUCUUGUCCAUAGCCUAGAGAUUCUUCAGAAGUUUCUUAUCCACAAUCAUGCCUCAAAACCACUCACUUCCUUGCAACAGUUGGUGCAAUCUACGUUUCUGCUUGUUUUGCAAGCUCCUACCACGUAUAGAUAUUAUGUAUAGAUAAUGAACUGUAAGUUUUGACUGUUUGAGGACUUUCUUAAUUGAGUCUUCUGGGCCGGACGCGGUCUGGGCUUUGCCUGCAUGAAGCUUGGCCAUUUGGGAAAUGACCUCUUAUGCACCUGUCCAUCUGCCUGUCUUUCCUUCUCCCAACUCAGAAGGAGAGAGCAUGUACGAGAGAGCUUGCAAACCUUGACACACUCAGCGCCCUUUAUUGCAUUCAGCUGUUUCACAUUGACUCAUAAAGAGGGCACAUUUCUGGAGAAAUCAUCGCCUCAUGAUUGCACUCUCCCUGCAGCCGUUGAGCUCUUACGGUCUCACUCUUCUUGCGCCGCUCCCUUUGCCUCUGCCCACUCGCCAUCCCUCCUUCUCCCAGUCUAAUUCAGCAUUCUUUCUCGAGCUUCUCUGUAAGCAUCCCCUGAGUGCCCCCUCCCACUAGCUGACCCACUGCUCUGACCACUAGCCCACAGCCGCGCCUUCUGAUGAAGUGGUGUCCAGCUGUUCUUCAUGCUGAAGAAGACAGUUGUCUAAAUGUUUACGCGAACAACCACUUUCUUUCCCUUCACGCCCCGAUCAAGUUCCACGGUGAACUCGAAGGCAUGUGUUCCUAUUCUCUAUGGGGCAAGAGUGGCCAAAUAAACAGCAGACAGGCCUAUUGUCUCAGACUUAAUAACUAUAAAAAUAUACCAGAGCUAGAGAUAAAAGAGUUUGUGAUUAAGGAAACGCUUGAUGAUACAAAGGGGAAACUGACAGGGACGAGAGAGAAAGCACUCAGAAAGAUGCUUAGGGAGGACAACACAUAGCCUUGCACAUGUCGGCUGGUGCCGUAGCUUCAUUACACUCUUAAAAAUGAAGGUGUCAGAAUGGUUCUUUGCAUGGACAUAGGGAAAUUUGUGCACUGGUAACGGAGCUUUACAUAAUGUGGAAGGUUACACUUUUGCAAAAAUGGUCCUUUAAAGAAGUUCUUUAGGGAGCCAAAGUGGUUCUUCUAUGGCAUCUCUUUAAAGAACACCGAGAAGGGGCUGAGUAUAAACUUGUCUGAACUCUAGAGAAAGACCAAGUCCAUAAGGAGACAAGAUUAAUGCACUUCUGUUUUUCAGCUUCAGGGACAGGUUUGGACUCUUCACUGGGCCUCUUAGUAAAUUUUAAAACAAGAGCCUGGUUCUUUGUUAGAGGAAGGUUCUUUUUUUUCUGAGUGGCGUUGAAUGACAGCGUCAUAGCGAACUGGGUUUUACAUUUCCAUUUUAAAGCUUGUGCCCUGAGCGUGGGUAUCGUGUUACCGGGCCCUCAAAUUAUCACCCCAUCUUCCCACGCAGGGAACAGGCUCUCUGUGUGCCUGCAGCGAGGAGCCACGGCCACCAAUGCUUUCUUCAGUGUGUUUAGAUUGGCACUUCCAGCUCUGUUGUACCCUCUCCAAGCUCUGAAACGGACAGAGCAGAACCCUGACCAGUAAGAUCAGGAAAUGUAGAGCUGCCCAUAAAUUUGUUUGUGCUUGUGUACCGGCUUUAGAGCAGCUUCAGUUCGGCCAGCCGAGGAAUUCGAGCAAGCAUGUAAACAAAAAGGCGAAGAUUAACACUGAGAGAAUGGCAGAACGGAGUGGCCGAUGUUAUCGAGAGGCUGAUAGUCAUGCAUGACCGCGCGCACACACACCACACACACACAGCUGGAUGGCAGGCUGCCUUGUCACUGCACCCUGUUCCAGAUUAGGUCAGAUUUAAUUAGGCUGCCCAGCUCCUUUUGGAGUGUCGCUUUGAGUUGGAAAAGCCAUUACUAAAGCGCAGGCUGUGUUACUGAUGGGCUGAAACAGAAAGGACGCUGGCCUGAAUAUCACUGAGGUGACUGAAUGGUCUACAAAACACACAUAAGUACAAACAUGUACCGAUACACCCACAUGUACAUAUACACAUUCACAAAAAGUCCAGAAGAAAAAAGAACGGGAGAGAAGUGGCAAGAUGUUCAAAGAAAAAUAGAAAAAGGCGAGCCAGUAUAGAAAGCAGACGUUUGAAAGUGGACCUGAAUCAGAGGCAUUCAUAAACAGUAAUUGUAUUAGGACUUUGAGACAAAAAGGAAGAAAAAACCUCAGCUAACUGUGGAUGUUCCCACUGCCUCCCAGCCAACCAACACACCAGCGCUUCUGUUUUGAUUUCAGUGAUCACCAUUACUUCUUGUUCUGAACUUAUUUCAAAUAUAAUACAAUUUAAUACACCACUUUCAAGUGCUUUCUUGCAAGAUUUACGUGACUUCGAAACCAAAAACAAGCAAUACAAAUAAAACCGAGCAGUAUUUUUCUACAUUACAUUGUCAAUAUUGUUUUCAUUGUUACAAAUUGCUUUUUAGUGAAAUGAAUGUAUUUAUUGCAUGUCAAAUGUUUUAUAAUUUUUUUGUAUAAAUUUCAAUUGUGGGGUAUUAAAAAUUGUGUUCUUUUUGAUUAGGCUUUUAUUUGUUUUAAAAGCCGUUGUGAAAAUUAAUUUUUUUGUUUGUUUGCAUCUGUAUUCUAAAUCAACUUGGCAAUAAAAUUAAUUGCAUUAUGGUUUCACAAA